AUGUCUCGGGCAAUUCAGCUUCCGGUUCCCUGUCCUGUUCGGCUUGGUUCCUUAAAAGAUGACUCCUUGGAAGCUCAGCUCCAUGAAUAUGUUAGAGAAGGGAGCUAUAUAAAAGUGAAGAAGGUUCUUAAGAAAGGAAUUUAUGUUGAUGCAGUUAACUCCUUGGGCCAGACAGCACUUUUCCUUGCAUCAUUAUUGGGCCUUACAAAAUUAGUUGAUAUUCUGGUGGAUUAUGGAUCAGAUCCAAAUCACCGCUGCUUUGAUGGGAGUACCCCUGUGCACGCAGCAGCAUUUUCAGGCAAUCAGUGGAUCCUCAGCAAACUGUUGGAUGCAGGGGGUGACCUUCGACUCCAUGACGAGAAGGGUCAAAGCCCGAAGGCGUGGGCCCUUACAGCCGGGAAGGAGUGCAGCUUUAUGGUGGUGGAGUUCAUGCGUCGCUGCACCUCACACAUGCAGGCCACCGUCCAGGACUUCUCCUGUGACCUCCUGAAGAAGAUUGACUCCACCCAGCGGCUCAUCUGCAGCCUGCCCCGGUUCGGGGGCCUCAUGCAGGGAAGCCCUAAUGGCCCUUCUAAACGACUACGUAAAACUGGAGUCAUUUCUGCCCAAAACAUCCACAGCUUUGGCUUUGGGAAGUUUUAUCUUUCAGCAAGGACACGGGUGUCCUAUUUAGGAUCUCUUCCAAUAAUUGGAGAAAAGGAAGUAAUUCAAGCUGAUGAUGAACCUGCCUUCUCUUUCUGCAGUGGCCCCUACAUGGUCAUGACCAACCUCGUGUGGAACGGGAGCAGGGUCACAGUGAAGGAGCUGAAUCUCCCCACCCACCCGCACUGCAGCAAGCUGCGGCUAGCCGACUUGCUAAUUGCUGAGCAGGAGCACUGCAGCAAACUGCGGCACCGCCACCUGCUGCAGCUGAUGGCUGUGUGCCUGUCCCAGGACCUGGAGAAGACCCGCCUGGUUUAUGAGCGCAUCACCAUCGGCACACUCUUUAGUGUCCUCCAUGAACGGCGGUCCGAGUUCCCCCUGCUGCACAUGGAGGAGAUCGUGCACCUGCUGCUCCAGAUCUCCGAUGCCUUGCGAUACCUGCAUUCCUGGGGACUUAUCCACCGCUCCCUCAGCUCCUAUGCCAUCCACAUCGUCUCCACAGGGGAAGCGAGACUGACCAACCUGGAGUACAUGCUGGAAAGCCAGGACAGAGAUGUACACAGGGACCUGACGCGAGUCCCCCUCCCGGCCCAGCUGUACAACUGGGCUGCCCCAGAAGUCAUUUUGCAGAAGGAAGUCACAGUGAAAUCAGACGUCUACAGCUUUUCUAUGAUCAUACAGGAGAUUUUAACAGAUAACAUACCCUGGGAUGGCUUAGAUGGCUCAGUUAUUAAAAAAGCCAUAGUCGCAGGAAAUUAUUUGGAAACUGACUUCAGGCUUCCAAAACCUUACUAUGAUAUUGUUAAGUCAGGCAUCCAGGUCAAACAGAAAGACCGAACUAUGAACCUUCAAGAUAUCCAGUAUAUCCUGAAGAAUGACCUAAAGGAAUUGAUUGGAGCCCAGAGAACUCAGCCAACUGAGAGCCCCAGAGUGCAGAGAUAUGAAGGCCAUCCUGAUGUCAGUGUCUAUCUAGGACUGACUUCAAAACAUCUGAAAGAGAACCCUGACUUGGAAAUAAAAGAGCUGAAGGAAGCGGGCAGUCAGCUUCAAUCACCAAGGGAUCCCAGCGAGAAGGCCACACCAGAUCCUCAGGUCCCAGAUCCCAGUCUGAUGGCCAAGGACACUCAGAGACAAGAUGCUGCUCCUCCUGCUUGCUUUGUGGCCCGAGAGGCCAGGAGCCCCAGCUCAGGUCCGUCAAGCCUUUGCAGCUUCGAAAUGAACGAAAUCUACUCCAGCUGCCUGGACAAGGAAGGCGACAAAGAGAAAGAGCCCCCAGGAGUUGGUUUAUCUCUGGAGGGGGCCAGCCAAAACCAGGGAGAUGAGCUGAAGUCCCUGGAAGAGGAGUUGGAAAAGAUGGAGAGAGAGGCCUGCUGCUUUUCUGAAAAGAGUGAGAGCUCUUCGGAAGCUGACACAGAGGUCUCCUUUGAGGACUGGGACCAGCAAAAUGGUUCACUUAGUUCCCCCAGCCCACCCGAGCCAGCCAGAGAAGCCAAGUGCAAGGUGAGCAAGUGGUCCAAGACCGACAUGUACCUCAGUAAGUGUAUGCUGGAUGUAAAGAUUGCACAGUCAUUAGCGAACCAGAGUAAUGAGUCACUGGAGAAAAUCAAGCAGAAAUUCAACGAGUGUGAGAGGAUGCUGAAGGAGCAAGAGGAGCAGGUGUCUCGGUGGGCUUCUUCAAGAAUGCUUCCUAACCUCUCUCACUUGCCUGUGGCAGUGGGCCCCCCAUCUUCUGUUUACAUUCCUCCUGUCUUGCCAAGGUGCCAGGGGCCGGAUGCGGGUGGCAAUUGCCCGACCCUAGCAAGGUCUCCAAGAACAGUGAGAGGCUUUCAAGGGGGACAUUUUGGCAAAAGGUCCAGGGAAAGAAGUAACUGUGACUGGAAACCUUUUACUGCUGUCAUUCAAGUCUCUGAACAAAGCACUGGGGAUUCAUCAGAAAAAAGCCAUCAGAGCCCAGGGGAACAAUUCCAGCUCACUCAAGAAGCCGAAGACAGUUUGGAAGGAACCGGGAACCAGAAUACUAGCAGCCAGGGACAUCCUAGAGAGUCCAGUGCCCAAGCCAAAGUGACACAGCUGAAUAGUUCACUCUUCACCAUGUCAAACCACCCGAAGGGACCUCCAGUGACAGUCAUUCCUGUUCAGGGCUCUGCCAGGGUCAACAUGGAAUCUGUGUCUUCUGAAAUAUAUAAUACAAAGUCAAGAAGUAAUGAAGACGUUGGAAAGGUACACUUAAAAUGGAAAAUGGAGGUUAAAAAAAUGGCAGAGAAAGCAGCUACUGGGCAGCUGGCUGUCCCUUCUUGGCAUCCUCAGAGUAGUUCGACUUUAGAGAAUGAGGCUGAAAACGAGCCUGAUCCCUUGCUGCAGCCUCCCAUUAGGGACCCUAAGAAUGUGACUUGGCGGCGUGUUGGAGAGCAUUCCAGGGAAAAUGCGCCAGGAGGAAAUGGCAAGCGUGACAAAACAGACAGUGAUGACCGUGAGGACGACCAGCAUGGCAGACAGCCUGGAAGCUUUCCCGGUAUCAGUCACCCGUCCCCCAGAAAAAAUGAGGAGCCAGAGCAUACUGAAGUCUUUCAAGCAUGUUCUGAAGCAUCUGUGGUCACUGAGAAAUCUUGCAGCGAUCAGUCCUGGCCAUCAGUUGGUUCACCGGAGUCUUCGGAGGACAUAGAUGAAUUUUUAACACCAGACAAUGAAUAUUUUUAUUCCCCAACUGCUCAAGAAAACUUAGCUCUAGAGACCUCAAGUCCCAUAGAAGAGGACUUCGAAGGCAUACAAGAUGCAUUUGCUCAAAGUCAAGUCUCUGGUGAAAGAAAGGUCCAAAUGAGAAAAAGCUUUGGAAAGGAUGCUGAGGUUUUGACCAGGUCUCAAUUCCAAACUAUACAAAGUCCUGAAGGUGAACAAGAGGAGACGUUAAAGGAGUCACCCAAGGAACUGAAAGAGAAAGACAUAUCACUGACAGACAUCCAAGACCUGUCUAGUAUCUCCUAUGAACAAGAUGCUUCUUUUAAGGAAGUCUCAUGCAAAACACCCAAAAUAAACCAUGCACCUACUAGUGUCAGCACUCCACUCAGCCCAGAGUCAAUUUCUUCAAGUAAUAGUCACUAUACAGACUGCCUUGAAAGCAUCACAUUUCAGGAUAAAACAGGGUCUAUCUCGUGCUGGAGCUAUCACGAAUCCACUUUAACUUUGUCUGAUAAAUUUACAACUGUCCAGGAGAAAGCAAAGAACCUAGAUUCCCUUUUUACUUCCUCUGAAACUCUCCCUUCAAGACAGACUGAUCACAAAAGAUCAUCUGCAUUUACUGGGGCUGGUUCCUCCAGAAGUGCUAAGGUGCCUGACACGUCAUCCCAUGCCAUCCAGAAAAGGAGCCUGUCAAGAGAACUAAUAGAAGCCAUCUCGCAGCAUCACAUUGACAAGCUACCACCUCCACCUCAGGAGCUACUUGAUGAAAUUGAGCACUUGAAGAGGCAGCAGGCCUCAUCCGCAGUGCUGGGUGAGGACACAGCAGAUCCUCUGGGCGUCCCUGCAAACGAUCGGAGUCAUUUAGAAGAACAAGAAACUAACAGCACAAAAGAAGAUAGCAGUGUGAUUUGGACCCAAGAAACUCAGGGUCUAGAAGAGGACACAGAGAGAGCUCACUCUUCUCUCGAUGAGGACCUGGAAAGAUGGCUACAGCCACCUGAGGACAUCACAGUGCUACAGGAUCUCCCCAAGGGCUCUGCAAGGGAGACAAAUACCACGGAUCAAGAAGUUGGUGAAAAGAAGAGGAAAGUGGAAGAAGGCAUGAAGCCAGAGAGGACAUCAGAGAGCUUUGUAGGGGCUUCUAAAGAAGAAGAACUGAAACCUUGUUUUUGGAAGCGACUGAGUUGGUCAGAACCAUCCAGGAUAAUCGUACUGGAUCAGAGUGAUUUGUCAGACUGACCGGAACCCGAUCAUAGAUGGACUCCUGGUCCGAGUUUGAGCACCUGCUUGUGAGCUACCUUCUUCCGGGUCUGCUUCAGUCACCAUUAGAGUUAUGGAUCCCUAACUCACAUUUUAUUCAGCUGCCACAAUAGACAGGAAGACUUGGUCCUGUCUGUUUAUAGCACAUGUAACCAUUUGUUUUUGUUUCUGUUUUUCAGAGAUAUAUUUUGAGCUUUUAUUUCAGCACAGCAGUUGUAAUCAUUUGUUUUCAGUUAGAUGUCUGAAAAGUGAAAGGUAGUGUUGUUGACUAUAAAAAUCUCUGUGUUCAGAAUGGCUUUGGUUUUGUUGACAUAGAUUUUUGAAAACUUGUACUUCUGUUAUGUAAUAAAAUGUUUACUUUUAAUAGCAGUUAGCUUUUAGCUGUGUAAGAUGUGUUUAA